GGCCUGAGGAUGCCGAGACAUUUCAGAUCGAAAUCAGCGGCCUCCUGGCUGAGCUGCACUGCCCGUAUCCGUCACUGACCACGGGGGACGUAAUGGCCAGACUCCGCACCCGAGACAACUGCCUGCAGCUUCUGUUUGCCGGAAGAUUCCCAGCUCUCCCUUGCCCACCUGCUGGCUGCCCGCGAGGACUUUUCUCGUAUCGUGAAGACCAGCAGUGGGGCCUUGCGGAGUAAGACCAGCUGUGCCGUCAACAAGAUCUUGAUGACGGGCAGCGUCCCAGACCGGGGAGGACGUCCAAACGAAAUCGAGGCCCCCAUGCCCACCUGGGAGAAGAGGAGAGAAGGAGGAGGAAGAGGAGGAGGAGGAGGAGGAGGCCAGCGCUGGUCUAAACGGGGCAACAAAAAGAAGAAAUAAAGGAAGAGGAUGUGAAACCGGCUGCUGUAGGUCGGCGUGGCCAGAGAGUGAAAUUCAGGAAGCGCCACCGAGUCCCACCGAACGUGUCCAAUUCUCAAUCUCGCCUUUCUCCAGGAUGGAGGCGACGCAGCUUUAAAUAAGGAUGUGGUCCUUGGGGCCAGAUGUGCCCCGUAAAGGCAAGCUCCUCUAAUCCAAAGAUCACGCCAACUUUAGGAGAGCCGUAGCUCUCUUAAGCUAUAGGGGAAGGUUUGGGAAGGAAGGCCACGCGACAGAGCAGCCGGGAAACCGCUAAACAAUUCUUGGCUUUCCGAAAUCAAAAAUAAGUAUUUUGUAUUUAGACUUUAUUUUGCACUCUAAAGGCCACGGAAUGGGGUGCCUAGCUGGGGAAAGGGAAGAAGAUCCAUGGGCUUUGAUUUAAAGUUGAUUUGGAGUUGAAAUCCACAAGUCUUAAAGUUGCCAAGUUUUGGGGACUCCUGAUUUAGAUUUUUACUGUAAAGAAAGCUUCCAAAUUAGGUAUCUUGUUAAUUUGCAAGCAGAAAUGCAUAAGUUGUUUUGGGUGAGUGGGUGCUUGGGGUAUUAUUGGAGGAGGGGGGGUGCCUCUUGCCGCCUCCAUUGGUUAUCUUGGUGGUGGUGGGUUUGAACCAGGAAGGCUGGUUCAUAUAUAUCCAUAUCUGCUUAGCUUCCCUGGCUGAGGAAUAAGGGGAUUGUGGCUUGGGAGGCCCAGGAUGAUCAUAUGUAUUAAUGGCCCAAUGGCCUUUUGUAUUUAAAAAAAGGGGGUGUUUUGGGGGGGACAAAUAGAUGUGGUUGAAAUUUAACGUUCUGGGAUUGCUAACACAGCUCAGGUCCCUGAUAAGGUUCUCACUCAUUCAACCCAAACUCUUGCUGUGUAAAGAUCCGUGUUCAAAAUAAAGCUUUUUAUUUUUUCUGCCUU